AUGGUGUCUGGCGGGCCGCAGGGUCGUGACGUUCGGCUGUCGUCGCUGCCGGGGCCUCACCUGACCGUCCAGGCCAGCGAGCUGAGCGAUCAGACGACGCCUGCGCAGACCGGCAGGAUCCGACCGCCCGUGCGCAGACCUGCAGGAUCAGACCACGCCUGGGCAGACCAGCAGACGUACUCUCCGCCGCCCGUCUGCGCUACCCACUACGUGGCCCUGACGGCGGUCACGCCGUCGCUCAGCGGCGACCCGCUGGCGGUGCUCGGCGCCGGCGAGCUGGACUGCGUCUGCCACGGCGAGGCAAUCAAGGCUGUGCCGCAGACGCUGCCGCCGCCCGUCAGUCUCAUAACGCUGACUGGCACCGGCAUCCGUCAGAUCGAACGGGACGACUUCCUGCCGUACGCCCUCCAUCUCCGUGACAUUGUUCUCUCCAAGAAUGCCCACCUGCAGCGGAUACGCGCGCACGCUCUGCGCCGGCUGCCGCACCUUCUCAAUAUAUACGUCCAACACGCGCCCAGUCUGGAGUCUGUCAGCCCGCGAGCAUGGUACGACCUGCCGGCGCUCCGCUCGCUGCGGCUGGUGGGCACCGGUCUGGAGGGCAUGCCCGACCUGUCCGGCCUGCAGACGGGUACCAUCCUGCACAUGAUUGACCUGGACGGAAAUAGGAUCAAGUCACUACCAAGUAACAGCAUUAACAUUACCACCGAUCAGCUGUCUCUUGCGAACAGUCAACUGGAGUCCAUCUCAGACUGGGCGUUCAACGGAUCUCGCAUUGGGACACUGCAGCUGAAUGGAAACCUGCACCUGAAGCGCCUGGAUCGCCUGGCCUUCCGGGGUCUGGGAAGUCUCAGAACGCUAUCUUCACUGGGCACCGUCGUCAGUCGGUUCUCGCUGUACCCGUAG